AUGUAUAUCGGUACCUUCGACUGGGCCGUGAAGCACGACUACUCCGGCAACCACUUCGGCCACCAUGAGUCCCGCGACGGAGACUACACCCAAGGCUCGUACUACGUGCAGCUUCCCGACACUCGCUUGCAGACUGUCAAGUACUACGUGGACGGCGACUCUGGCUACGUGGCCGAGGUGGAGUACGAGGGCGAGGCUCAGCAUCCUGAGUCCGAGGAGUAUCGAGUGUCUCGAGGCCGAUACUCAGACUCAGGCGAAGACUCGUCCGAAACGGUCGUUCGAGCUCCCUCAAGAUUUUAUGGCUCACCUUUGUAAUGCUUAGACGAAAAGGACAUAUCUCGCUUCUAUGACUAUGAUCUCAUAUGGAUAUUAUGUGAAUUUAACUUAUCUGUAUAUUAACUGUACUAAAG